CCGGUUGUAGAUGUGCUUGCAAGAGAAGGAUGAGAAGCUCAAUGCAACCUUGAGUACCACUCAGCAGGUAAAAGCAUUAGAAGUUUUAUGGUAGAUCCUGCCUUGAGCGAUGGCUAAAACAAUGUGGAAAGAAUGUUGGAAAGUGUCCUCAAUGUAGUAAGAAGUUUAGGCGAAAAGAAAUUGUUAAUCUUUAUGCACAAGUGAUUGUUGUACCUAAUGCUGAUCUAGAAAAGGAAGUGCAAUGUUUAAAGAAGGAAAACAUGUCUCUUAAAAUAGAGAGAAAUGUAUUGCUCAAGGAGAUUAAUAAGCAAAAGAGUGAGCUAGAGCUACAUGAAGCACGGGUAAUGGGAAUAGAUGGAUCCAGUCACAUUGUAAUAGUCUCAAGAAAGUCCCCUGGAAUUGAACGAGAGCAUGUCCUUGACAAGGUUGGCUGGGAUGAGUCAACUUCUGGAGAGAGGCAGCCAAGAGUCUCUCUUUGGGAGAUUGAGCCUUUAACAACGUUUCCAAUGUAUCCAUCUUCCUUUCCACUUAGGCUCAAGCGCCCUUGGCCUUCUGACUUGCCCUCACUACAUGGUGGGAGAGAUGAUCUUAUGUGGCUUCGAGAUGGAGACAGAGCAAUCCAGUCUUUGAAUUUCCAGGGAUUCUGUAAUCAGACGUUUACCGAGUGCUAUUUCAAAAGCUGGAAAUAUGAGUGGCUGAAGGGGAAGAGAACACUAGGGAAGAUUUAGUUAAAUCUCUGCACAGAGCAAGAAGGAUAGCGUUGGCACCAGUAAGAAGAAUAUUUGUGUAUUAUCUAUUACCUUUUGAUGUUGUAAGAAAAAUAGUUAUGUGUAAUUUGUGGAU